CUCGAUCCAUAAUCGUAAGCUAUAACAAAUCGUGUAUUGUAUACUGUGGUAUAUUGAAAAUUCGCCGUCACAUCGAGCAUUAUGAAUUCGAAGAAGACUAUAACCUUUGGCAAGAUAUGUGCCAAUUUAAAUAAACAGACGCCCGAGGCACCAGUUAAAACCUCUAGCUCCGGAUUCGGGACUUUUGGUAAGAAACGUGAGGAGAACAAUGUAAAGAAAAUGGAUGAGAUCAGACCAGAGGACGAGGAGGAAACCCAGAGUAUACAGAAGUUGAUGGGUAUCACGGGCUUCGGUAAAAAAGCCAAGUCUUUCGAUGUGCAGGAGAUGAUGGAGAAUAUCACCAAGACUAUCAACAGCAAUAAGGUAACUACGAUCGACCAAGAAAAAUUCGACGAAGUUGCUGAAUCUAAAGAGGACGAGGUAAACGAUAAUGACGAUUUUAUUGGUCCACCAAUACCAUUUCUGUCGCCUGUUACUUUGGAGGCAACCAAAGAUUCAAAGAAGAUGUAUACCAUGGGUAAGAAGAACGAAAAUGACGACGAUGAUGACGAUGAUGACGAUGACGACAAUGACGACAAUAAAGAAUCAUCGGACUCUGAAGAGGAGGAAGAAAUAACCUUAAAGGAUAAGAUUCCUUGUUCUCAUGAAGUUUCAAUGACUCAUGGUACUAAAGCGGUAAUUGCCAUUGCUGCGGAUCCAUCUGGAGCUCGAUUAGCGUCUGGAUCUGUCGACUACGAUGUCUGUUUCUGGGAUUUUGCCGGUAUGGACACAUCUAUGAAGAGUUUCAGGACCUUACAGCCCUGCGAGAAUCAUCCUAUCAAGUGCUUGCAGUAUUCCAUGACUGGGGAUGUGAUAUUGGUAAUCUCAGGAGCGGCACAGGCAAAGGUUUUGGAUCGGGAUGGCUUUGAGAAAUGCGAGACUGUCAAGGGUGAUCAGUAUAUCACAGACAUGGCGCGUACAAAAGGCCAUACCGCCAGUCUAAAUAGCGGCUGUUGGCAUCCAUUCAUCAAGGAGGAAUAUCUGACCUGCUCUCAGGACAGCACCUGCCGAAUAUGGAAUUUAUAUAGACCGCGUGCGCACAAGAACUUAAUAAAAUGUAGAGCGCAAAACGGCGUGAAGACCAUUCCCACCACGUGUGCUUAUAGCCGAGAAGGCGCGGCUGUCGCGUGUGGCUGUAUAGAUGGCUCAAUCCAGAUGUGGGAUCACAGGAAAAGUUUUGUAAAUCCGUCUCUCGUGUUACGAGGCGCGCACGCACAAUCCAGCGGGGUGUCGAGCUUGAGUUUCGCGUACCUUGGACAAAUGCUGGCAAGCAGAGCUUGCGACGACACUCUCAAACUGUGGGAUUUAAGGGCGUUCAAAGUACCAGUAUUCGAAGCUAAGGAAUUAUAUUCACGUUACGACACUACGGAUUGCAUGUUCAGUCCGGAUGACUCGAUGAUCGUCACGGGAGAAUCUCUGAACAAAGGAAAGACAACCGGCAGAGUGCUGUUUUAUGAUAGUAAGACGUUCGAUCUAGUCAGAGAAAUACCUGUGACGAAUUCACACGUAAUAAAAACUCUAUGGCAUCCGAAAUUGAAUCAGGUAUUCGUCGGUUGUGGGAAUGGCAUAGUCAAGGCAUAUUACGAUUCCAAGAAGAGUUUAAGAGGCGCCAAGCUGUGCGUUGUCAAGACACACAUGAAACAGAAGCACAUUGAGAUAAUGUCUACUCAGCAGAUCAUAACGCCCCAUGCGCUUCCUCUGUUCCGUCAGGAUAGACCCAAGUCAGUUCGCAAGCAGAUGGAAAAGGACAGACUCGAUCCAGUGAAAUCAAGGCGUCCAGACUUACCUAUCACUUCCGGGCAGGGUGGCAGAGUGGCAUCUUCCGGAGGAACUCUCAGUUCUUAUGUCAUACGCAAUCUCGGAUUGAGCAAACGAAUCGAGGACGAUCAGGAUCCCAGGGAAGCUAUUCUGAAGUAUGCAAAGAUAGCCGAGGAGGAACCAUACUGGAUCGCACCCGCAUACAAGAGGACACAGCCGACAACGAUUUUUCAAAGUGACGAUCAAGACAGCGGGCCGAGCAAUAAGAAACAAAAAACCUAGACUUUUCUAAUAUUAAAAGAACCUACAUAAACAUUUAUCUUGUAUAUCAACAAUAUCAGCACUGUGUAAUUAUAUGUACAGUACAUGUAGCGAAUUAAUGGAA